AUGAUUGUGGAUGCUUUCACUGCUGGCGGGGUAGGCCAUCGACCCGGCAUUGAGCUAGCGAUGCCUUCUGCAGAGGAGCAGAGGGCUUGCCUGCAAUGGGAUUACUGGUAUGACUACUUCAGCAUCCCGCAGCUUGAUGUGCAAUCCCUGCACUUGGCUGUAAAAAGCAUUCCUGCAUACUGCAGCGUGGUGGACUUCACUAUCGUUCUGGCACCCUGUCUCCAGCACGAGGACACUGGAGAGGUUCUCGGCGUACUCAGCUGGCAGAGACGGGGCUGGUGUAGGCUGGAGCGAUCUGCAAGUCUCCUCGCCAGCCGCGCAUGCUUAAUUAUGGUUACAAGCCCGCAGAAGUUUGUCGUGAAAUCCGGGCCAGAGUGGGUUCUCGGAUGGCCUGUUGAGGGAGAUUUUUCCUUGGAGACGGACCGCCACAUGGUGGGCGAAGUCACCAGCUUUCUCCUAUCCAUCUACCGCACAGGUCUCCUGAAGAAAGGGGACCUGCAAGCUUGGCGCUUCUACACGGCGUUGAUGUCCAAAGCGAAGUUGUACCCGGACUUCCCACCGAACGAGAAUCUUUCCCACUUCCUCCAGCGAUACAACAUGAGCGCUUCGGACUCGUCACAGCUCUCGCCCCUGAUGCUCGCAAGCCUGGAGGGCAACUUGAGCGUGAUGCAAGCUUUGCUGCGUGAAGGGUGCGACGUUGAUGCCGUGACCAAGUUCGAAAUCCCUGAAGCACAUGUUAACGGCACGAACACGGCCCUGUCUUUGGCCGCGCUCCUCUCUACACCAGAGGCCGUACAGCUGCUGCUUGAGGCGCGAGCGUCGGUGAACGUUCCGAAGGCUCAGGGCGGCGUGCCGCCCGUGCAGCACAUUCAAGCUUUAGUGUUCUUAGAACUGUUUCUUUUUACUCUCAGAACAUAA